AUGACAGAUGUUCCAGAGACAUUCAGUGGGGCUGAGUGUAAUGGGGAUUCACCACCUGAAAAUGGGCAACAAUUCAACUCUAAAAUCAUGGAUGAAGCAACUAAUGCUGAUGGCACACCACCAUACUACAGGGUAGACCCUAGUCUUGGAGAGAUUCCCAUAGAAGAAAGUCAGGAAGACAGUGAAAAAUCACAAGGAAUCAUGCUACUCAACUCGUCCAUGGAUGAGAAGUUCCUAAAAGAGAAACCAGAAGAGAACCUCUUUAUUGUUCAUAAGGCUACUACAGAUCUUUCUCUCCAAGAGACAAGUUCUGAUGAAAUGACGUUCAGAGAAGGUCACCAGUGGGAGAAGAUUCCUCUGAACAGCAAGAACCAAGAACUAAUUAGACAGAGGGAAAUGAUUUAUGAAAAACCUGUAGAGGAAGAAGAAGAAGAGGCUAGAAAGAACAAAGCUUAUCAGGCAACUGAAAUUGAAUGGCUAGGAUUUCAGAAACCUAGCCAAGUUGACAUGUUGCAUUCUAAACAUGAUAAGGAGCCAGAGAGUUGGGAUGAAGAAAUUAAUGAUGAUGAUGAUGAUGAUGAUGAUGAUUGCAAUGAUGACAACGAUGAAGUUCAAGUUAUAGAAUUCAAGAAUAAAAAUGAAGAAGGCUGUCAAUUAAGAGAUGAAGGUGAUGCAAGUGAGGAAUCCCUUCUGAGCAGCCCCAGUUCCCAGCCUGUGACACCAGAUGAGCAUCCAACCUUUGGGAAGAAGAAUGACAUCUCCAGAAAUGCUUAUGCAAGAUACAAUACAAUAUCCUACCGGAAAAUCAGGAAGGGAAACACCAAGCAAAGAAUUGAUGAGUUUGAGUCCAUGAUGCAUUUAUAA